AUUUAUAUAUUUGUUUUUCUGCAAACCGCUGCAUAGUUCACAGUAGAAAGCUAAACUAUUGCUACUUUGCAAUAAGUAUAGUGUUCGCAUAAGCUAUAGCUAUAAGCUGUGUCGCGGCAAUAUAAACUCCUCGAUCCUUGAUCAAUAAAUCAAAUUAUUUCAUAUAUUAUUUUAUACACGAGUAUUCGCGUAUUCAAAUAAAAUGUCCCACGACGAAGAUUCCCAGCAAUGGAUCGACAAGGUGAUGCCGAAGAUCAUCGAGACUCUUGGACCGGACGUCGACGAGACUCGAUACGAACUAUUCAAAAAUCUCUGUUUAAUCGCGUCCACCGUGUACCACGUGCACCUGCAAUUUAAGAAUAAGACAAACGAUCGGAACGAGGAAUUGUUUAUGAUACUCAAGAGACCCGGGCGGGACUUCUAUCAGCAGACAUGCAUCGAGCCUCAGUUUCACAACGAGAUCCUGUUCUAUCGAAAUCAAUCGGACGAGAGGUACCUGAUUUAUCCAAGAUGCAUCUACGCCGCCAAACUGUCGCCCACCGACGCGGUGAUCGCUCUGGAGAACGUCAACAAACGAGGAUAUUACGCCUGUCCGUAUCCGUACAAUCCACCGUUGGAGUACACGUUGGCGGCGAUGCGCGAGUUGGGACGAUUCCACGGGAAGGGGUACGUCAUGAAGGAGCUGCAGCGGGAGAAGUUCUACGACAUCGUGGCGCGACGUCAGGAAGUUAGAUUCGUGAAGAUGGGGAACCUCUACGAGGAGGGUAUCAAAAUUAUGGGGUCGCGGGCGGUGGAGUAUCUUCGCAGUCAGGGCCACGACGCAGUUUUCUGCAAUAAGAUGGAGGCCCUGCUCACGAACGCGUUCGACGAGGUGAUGAUGAAGGUGGUGAAGCCGCUCGAGCCCCUGUCCACGUUGUGCCACGGCGAUUUUAUGUUGAGCAACAUUCUCUUCAAUAAGGCGGAAGAGGACGGGCAAUGCCGCGCGAUGCUGAUCGAUUUUGCGCUUAUCACGUAUUCGACGCCCGUUAUCGAUCUUUCCACGUAUCUGUGCCUCUGUUGCUCGAAUGAGGAGAGAAGGGAAAAAUUUUCCGAUAUCAUGCGGGCCUACCACGACGCGCUGAUGGAGUAUCUGCUGGACGCUGAUAUUCAAGAUAUUGAGAAAUAUUCGUACGAUGCUCUGUUGGAUGAUUGGAGGAGGGGUGCUCUUUUCGGUUUCCUUAUCAUGUCCAUAUAUUUGCCGACAAUAUUGGGAUAUGCUAAACCAAGAGAAUUAAUACAGAAACUGUUGCAACUAGGAAUCAUAGAAGGUUUAAAGAAGCAAAAAUGUCUAGGCGGAGAUGAAGUAAAUAAAAUACUAGCUGAUGCAUUGCUGCAUCUGCAAGAGCUUGGCUGCUUGAAACAUUUUUUGUAAUCGUGCAAGAUAAUUCGGAUAAUACUUAAAAUACAAUCUAUAUUGAUUAUAAAAAAAGUAAUGUGUGAAGUAUAUGUAUAUAUCGAAAUAUUUUUAAAUUAUCAUGUAACGUUGAUUCAGAACUAUACUAAAACCAAAGAAAUUAUUUUAUAAACAUCAUUAUUGCGUCUGUCGUUAUUUCUACGAGUAAUGUGUCCGUAAUAUAGAAUUGCAUGUGUAAUUAGAUGAAAAAUGUAAUGAAUCAUAUUCGCGAUUUUCCAGUAUUUUAUGCGAUAUUAAUAAUUACAAUCGUAUCAUUGUGAAAAAUUGUAAUAUAUUUCAAAGAUAAUAAUAAAACUGUAAACUAA